AUGCUUGUCAUCCAUCGUGAAAGUUGCUGUGAUGUUUGCCUUGAUCCCUAUUCCACCUCCUCAGUACCUGCUCGUUCUCCCCAUGCAAUCGCCUGUGGCCAUAUAUUCUGUCUUACAUGCCUUCGCUCCUUGCCACUAAGUGCAUGUCCACUCUGCCGCGAACCUUUCCAGCCAGAUCGUAUCAGGAAACUUUACCUCGCAAAUCCAUCCAUACAAGACAAUGCUGAACAGGAUACUAUCGACGAUCAAGACAGUGCUAAACAGCACGAUCAGCAUGCUAGUCUCCUUCUUCAUCGUGUGUCUCUAGUCUCAGGCGAAGACACACCGGACGCAGAAGUUGACAAAGUAGUCACCGAGGUGCAGGAAUGGCUGAGAUCUCAAUUGGGCAACCCAAAUUCUGUGAGUUCUUUUCAUUGUGAGGGCCCACGGCCAACGCGACGUAUACUGGUGCAUACUGUCAAUUCAACAAUUUCUCACAUACGUCAUCUUUAG